AUGGGUUGGCUCGACCGGAGUGAUAUCACGGCCGCGCAGAAUACCGGCGUGAAACAACCACAGCGUUGUGUUUCGCCGUAUGAGUCAGGUCUGGAUAGAAGAAAAAGGCUGGCGGAUAUGCGAGUCGUCAUAACUCAACAUUUUACUGAGCGAACUGUCACUCCAGGUGGCGAUAUCAGCAUGCAAUGCGCAGCCACUGGCGACAGACCUCCUCAGUUCGUGUGGGAGAGAGACGGCAUAAUCGUAUCUAGUAAUACAGAUCCAAGAUACGCACUAGGUCAAGUAAUGACGUCAGAUAACUCAGUGGUGGCUCAACUGAAUAUCACAAGAGUCAGAGUGGAAGACGGAGGCCUAUACACGUGUACUGCGAGGGAGGGAGAUCAUGUUGCUUCCCAUGAGAAUAGACUGGAUGUUUAUGGUCCCCCUUACAUCAGGUCUCUCCCUCCUGUCAAAGUUCAAAGCGGAGAAUCAGUCAACUUGAGAUGUCCUUUUUAUGGAUAUCCUAUAAGCAAAAUCGACUGGGAAUUCCAAGGAAAGUUGUUGACGUCAAACGCCAUGUUCCAAUCCAGAUACAAAAGGUCCCAUUUAAAACGAAAAACCAGAAGAAACGCGCCAAGCGUGAACAUAAAUGGAAUACUUUCCAUCCCUGAAAUUUCUAAGGAAUUAAAUGGUGCUAUUUAUACUUGCAUAGUUACAAGUCCUUCUGGAGAAAUGGCUAGAAGAGCAUUUGAGAUCCAAGUGAUAGAGGCUCCGGUUCUAGAUGAUCUGUUACUUGGAACGAACCUACAAGAAGGUCAAAUUGUGAAUAUUUACUGCAACGUUAGAACUGGAGAUUUGCCGAUACAUUUUGAAUGGUUGAAGGAUGGCAAGAGGAUUUCUAGUAAUUUGAAAGUUGUAGAAAGAAACUCCGAGCUCUUCAGUGCCCUAGUAAUCAAGAAAGUUUCCUUAGAACACUGUGGUACGUACACCUGCGUGGCUUCCAACCACGUGGCAAAAGUCAACAGGUCUACUGAACUGUACAUUAAAGUUGCACCAAAAUGGCUGGAAGAACCAAACAACUCCUCGCUUCUCCUUGGCAGGAGAGGAGCAGUGUCGUGCAGUGCUAGUGGAUACCCUCAGCCACAAGUGCACUGGAUGAAGAAAGAUGCUCUUCUGGGCACGUGGCAACCAGUUUUGGAGUUAGCUGGCGGUGGCAUCGUGAGCUUACCAAACGGGACCCUCAUCAUUGAGGAGGUAUCUCUCACUGACGAAGGGCUUUACUCCUGCAACGUGGAGAAUGGAGUAGGACAACCGCUCAGCAAAACUGUUUGGAUGAGUGUUAAUAAGCCUGUUCACUUCGAAUCAUCAGCAGCGAACGUGACAUCAAGGCUUGGUCAUCCAGUUACAUUAGAAUGUCGACCUUUAGGAGAUGAGCCUAUCAGGGUCACGUGGAUGCAUGAGGGAAAUGCUUUGGAUUAUAUUAAUCAAAGAGCCAAAAUAUCAGAAACGAAGACAUCACUCGGUGUGGUCAAUACGAUCAAUCUUCAGUAUUCGGAGACAGAACCUCCAACACCACCAUCAGAUGUUCGCGUAGAGAUGGUGCGCUCGCGCAGCGCUACGAUCUCAUGGCGAGACACACUGCGGGCGCAUGCGCGCCACUACACUCUGCAAUAUUCACAUGUUCACUACACUGACGCUGUGUGGGAACAUGCUACUACUGUUAAUGUUACCAGGGAGAUUGAUGCUGAUAGCUUACGUAAAGGUAUCCUUGAAAAAAGGAAGAAAAAGACAUUCACUCCGAUAAUAAUUAUUUCCAGAAAAGACCAAGAGCUCCGUCAAUCUGUGGAGCUACAGAAUCUCCGGCCAGCGACGCCAUAUGCAGUCCGCGUUGCCACGGGCAACCAGGUUGGCGUCUCGCAGUACACUGCUCCCGUACACUUCACUAUGCACGAAGAAGCUCCAUCAUCAGCUCCAAUCAAUGUGCAAGUGGAACAAACAGAGAAUCCUGGUGAACUCUACGUGUCCUGGUCUCCACCACUGAAGGAGACACACAAUGGAGUUAUCAUGGGGUACCAUGUUAAGGCCGUGGCACAGAACAUUGGUUCAGUUUCAGAGGAAACUGACACCCGUACAAUCAAAGUAUCACAACUUUCUGGGAAACAAGAAACUCUUCUCAGUGGACUUAUGAAGAACACCAGGUAUUCUGUAUCCGUAGCAGCCUUCACAAAUGCUGGUUCGGGGCCAUUCUCUCUACCGGUCUUUCAAGAUACCAGAGAAGGAGCUCCAGAGCAAGCUCCGUCUUCAGUGGAGUGUACAGCUGUGUCCUCUACAUCAUUGAGGAUUGGUUGGCAGCCUAUUGGAGUACCAGGACAGGGCAGCUCUCUCGUUGGGUACACCGUGCUCUUUGCUACCGAUGAAGCGGCCUGGCAGAACCAGACUUCUUUGCACACAGAGCUAUACUUACAAGGCCUUCUGAAGUACACUAACUACACCGUCAAAGUGGCCGGCUUCUCAAAUUAUGGAGCUGGUCCAUAUUCCUAUCCAAUUGUCUGCGCUACUCUGCAGGAUGUCCCCGGUCCACCAGCGGAUAUCAAAGUCCUAGUUCUGUCUUCCUCAUCAUUGCUAGUCAGCUGGAAGAAACCUCUCCAUCCUAACGGAGAACUCCUGCAUUAUACCGUCUACGUAAAACCUACGUCCAGCAAUGGUCCACCACAGACGUUCCGCAUUGACUCGGAAGGUCGCACCACGGCUGAGGUGAAAGACCUGGUCUCUGGGAGAACUUAUGAAGCUUGGGUUACUGCCAGUACAGCUGCUGGUGAAGGCAGUGCGACCAGAAGAGUUUCUCAUACUCCUACACAUAGAGUGGUAGCGGGCGUGGCGUCCCUAGGCGGCGCGGUGUCAGUGGGCGUGGGCAGCUCCGUGCUGCUGGUGUGCCAGUGUGUGGGCGCGCCGCCGCCGCGCACCGUGUGGUACCACAAGCACAACAUCAUCACGCACCAUCCCAGGUUCACCAGGAACCACGACGACAGCUUGCUCAUUAAUAACAUAGACCAAUCUCUAAGUGGGAACUACACCUGCUUAGCAAAGAACCUCUAUGGUUCGGACUCAGUAGAAUACACGGUAAUUGUGUUACCCUUACCUGAAGCUCCCAUACUCCGAGCGACUCCUUACAAAGACUCGAUACUGGUGGAAUGGGAGCAACCUUACUAUUCCGUCAGUAACAGAAGUUCUAGUCAAAAGAUAAGUUAUAGUCUAACAUGGAAAGAAGCCAACAGUCCUUGGAGGGAGGCGUGGCCAGCGAAUAAAUUGCCCAAUCUUUCGGGAGUGCAAAAACACGCACUGACAGGACUCAAAUGUGGUACAAAGUAUUCCUUGAGAAUCACCGCAACGAACAAGGUUGGGACAUCGCAACCUGCUUAUUUAGACGUCAGCACUUUGGGAGGAGUGCCAAUACCACCCUCUACAAACGACUGGUUAUGGAGUAACGCCUCCCACAUAUACGUGCAGCUAGCCGGCUGGGAUCAUGGAGGAUGUGCACUGAGGGCCUUGGAUGUGGAGUACAAACAUCUGGGAGGCAGAACCUGGACUAGAGCUCAUAAUAAUAUGCCCUACUCAGACCUUUCAUCAUGGAGUCUCCAAUCUCUCUAUCAAACGAAGAUUCCUACAUUCGCAAUCUCGGAUCUGACUCCUGGCACAUGGUACCAGCUGAGAGUGACUGCUACUAAUGAAGCUGGUAGUGUCACUACUAUCUAUAGUUAUGCCACAAAGAACGAGGAUGGAAGUGAAGUUGGUCCUCCGUCGGAGCUCUUCGACCUUAAUAUGCUGGUCAUCAUCUGCAGUUCCAUUCUGCUCACAAUCUGCCUUCUCAGCUGUAUCUACAUACUUGUAAAGAGACAGAGAACGGGCAACCUAACAGAAUAUCGAGACUCCAUAACUGUAGACAAUAAAUCUGAAAGUGGUAACCUCACAGCAAACACAUCACACACCAAUUUGGCAAAUGUGAAGGAAAACGCUAUCAACGCUCAGAAUAGAAUAUACAGCGCUCCUAUACAUCUGAGGAAUAACAGCAAGCAUGAAUUGUACGAGAUAAGCCCGUACGCGCAAUUCGCAGUGGGCUUCAGAACUUUUGGCCAUGUCGAAAAUCAGGACAUGCCGAGUCGACACACUAAACAUAGAUAUGAUACAGAAACAAGUUUCCAAGUGUGUUCAGAGUCCGAGGACAGUGACAGCAUAUCAAAGUCCACACUGAAAAGUGUGCCAAGAAAAGCCUGCAGAACACCACACCAUAGGUAA